AUGAUGAUUUUUAAACCACUUGAAAAUCUAGAAUUUAAUGAUUAUGUUUUAUUGAUAUGUACAGUAUUAAUGACAUAUGUGGCACACUAUUAUUACAACUAUUUUACUCGUGUCAAUCCCUUACCCGGUCCUUUCCCAUUCCCAUUAAUUGGUAAUGUGCCUCAAAUUUAUUUGUUAUUUUAUGGAGAUGCACAAAUGUUUUAUGAUUAUUGUUACGAGAAAUAUGGUAACAUACAUGAGAUUUAUGAUUGUGACCGAUCUAUAAUUUUAUGUCGAAGAGAAUAUCUUGAAAAUUUUUUAUCUCUUUCGGAAAAAAACGCGCAUUGGAUGAGAUUUAACAAUAGCAUAAAACCAGAAGAAUUUGGAACUAAAGGAAAAGGAAUAUUGUUCAAUAAUAAUUUUAAAUCAUGGGUAUUUAAUCGUCAAUUUUUUUCACAAGCCAUUCUAUCACCGAAAUUUACCGAUGAAGCUAUUGAUUGGAUAAACAAACUUUUCGAUGAAUUAGAAAGUUAUUGGAAUAAAUUAUUUCUUGAAGAAAUUAUUAAAGAAAAUAAAGUUCAAUUGGAUUUUUCUGGAUGGUUUAAUAAUUUCACAAAUGAUAUAAUUAUUAGCUUGUUAACCGGUGAAAAAUAUUAUUCAAUGGCGGCUUAUUUUACUACACUUAGUGAUGAAAAAUCUCAAUCAGCAAUGAUUAAUGAUUCUGUGAAAUUAGCUCAAGCACUUCGUAAACAACUUUUGGGGGUAUCAUUUUUUCUAUUCAUUCCUUCUUUCUUACGAAAUUAUAUUCCAUUUUUUAAAAAUAAAGCAAAUGAUAUACUUAAUAACAUGGGAUUUCUUAAUCAAAGACUGGAUGCAAUUAUUAAGAGACGUAGAAAUGAAAUUGAUAAUACAUCAUUGGAUGAAUCCUUACCGCAUGAUAUGUUGACAUCGAUGAUUAUCAAAAAUACACCACGUGAUGAUAAUUAUUUCGAAACUGGUGAAGCCAACAGAUCUAUGACUGAUAGUGAAAUUCGCGUUAAUUUACUUGAAGGAAUUAUUACUGGAACUCAUAAGAUAAGAGAAAUCCUAAUUUUAGGCUUUUUUUACACUGUUAAUUUUUAA